AUCACUGUAUUUGGCAUAUGUUGGCUGCCAUACCACUCAUACUUCUUGAGCACCUAUAUCUGGCCCGAUAUCAUUAAAACCAAACAAAUCAAACACAUCUAUCUAUUUAUAUACUGGUUAGCGAUGGCUAACUCGCUCUUCAACCCAAUUAUAUUGUUUGUUAUGAACAAAAGGAGUAUUCGAGGGUUUGCUAUGGAAGAGUUGCAUAGUAUUAUAGACGAG